GAAAUUUACUAGUAAUAGUUAAAGUUAUAAAUAACUAAAAAAAAAGAAGAAGAAAGAAGACAAAUGAAGUGUAAACUCAAAAUCCCAUUCUGGUAUUUUGUCAUUUUAAGAGCUUUUCCGCAGUGAAUGGUGAAACAACAUAAACUGCAGUGAACAGAUUGCCACUCGGCCGAUUCCAAUCAUACGCACUCGACAUCAAAAUCCAAAGUAAAACGGGGGAAAUUCUAAAACCCUCAUUUCAAACUUCACUUGAGAGAGAAGAGAAGCAGCAUGGUGGAGUUCUCUAAAGCGAACAUUAAAGACUUCGCAGAAGACGGCGACGACGAAGAAGAGCCGGGCGAAGAGGUCGAAUCAGCGCCGCCGCUCAAAGUCGGCCAAGAGAGAGAAAUUGGCUCCAAAGGGCUAAGGAAAAAGCUCUUAAAGAGGGGCGUUAAUUGGGAGUCCCCUCAAUUCGGUGAUGAAGUUACAUUUCACUAUGUGGGAACUUUAUGUGAGGAUGGGAGCAUUUUUGCGUCUACAAGGACAACGAAUGAGCCUGUAACUUUCAAGCUUGGACAUGACAAUAUAGUUAAAGGACUGGACCAUGGAAUUGUGACAAUGAGGAAAGGGGAAAUUGCAUCUUUCAUGCUGCAUCCAGAACUAGCAUACGGAGUAUCAGGAACAACUGGCGUACCUUCUAAUUCCAUUGUUCAGUUUGAAGUAGAACUUUUAUCAUGGAUUACUGUAGUGGAUAUCUGCAAGGAUGGUGGAAUUAUCAAGAAAAUAUUGGAGACUGGGGAACAGAUUGGGCCUCCUGGUGAAUUAGAUGAAGUUUGUGUUAGUUACAAGGCUAUGUUGGUCGAUGGAACCAUUGUUGCAGAAACACCCGAAGAGGGCAUGGAAUUUUAUGUUGAAGAUGGCCACUUCUGUCCUGCAUUGACCAAAGCUCUUAAGACUAUGAAGAGGGGAGAAAGGGCCAAUUUGAUUGUUCAGCCAAAAUAUGCCUUUGGGCAGAAGGGUAACAAAUUAAACAAUGAGCUUCCUGCCAUCCCACCUGAUUCUGUUCUGAGCAUCUUUGUCAAGUUACUUUCAAUGAAGCCGGUGAUAGAUGUUACCGGUGACUUGAAAGUUAAAAAGAAGGUCUUGAAGGAAGGUGAAGGCACAGUCACAGCUAAUGAAGGUGCUACUGUUACUAUUAGGUACACUGCUAUGCUAGAGGAUGGUACUGUGUUUGAGAGAAAAGGUUUUGAUGAUGAGCAGCCAUUGCAGUUCAUCACUGAUGAAGAACAAGUGGUUGCUGGACUUGACCGAGCUGUAAGCACAAUGAAGAAAAACGAAUGUGCGUUGAUAACAAUAUCACCCGAGUAUGGAGUUGGAAGCACAGAAGUAAAGAUGGAUCUUUCUUCUGUUCAACCAUCAUCAACCAUACUGUAUGAAGUUGAAAUGCUGGAUUUCAUCAGGGAGAAAGCACCUUGGGAAUUGAGUACUCCAGAGAGGAUUGAGGCAGCUGUCCGGAGGAAAGAAGAAGGCAAUCAACUCUUUAAAAUUGGAAAAUACCAACGAGCUGCAAAGAAAUAUGAAAAGGCGGUUGAUUACGUCAGCCAAGAUGUACCUUACACAGAUGAUGAUGAGAAAAUAGUUAAACCUUUGAUGUUAUCUUGCUGGUCAAACGGUGCAGCUUGUUGUCUAAAACUGAAUAAUUUCAGGGAAGCGAUCGAUCUGUGCUCAAAGAUCCUAAAUGCAGAAUCUUGCAAUGUGAAAGCUUUGUACAGGAGAGCUCAGGCUUACAUGGGCGUUGCAGAACUACUUUUGGCUGAGCUGGACAUUAAGAAGGCCUUAGAAGUAGAUCCUCAGAACAGGGAGGUGUGGUUGAUGCAGAAGAAUCUUAAGCAACUUCAAGCACAGAACAAUAAGCAAGAUGCAAAGCUCUACAGAGCGAUGUUUUCAUCAAAAUCGGAAGAUGCUUGUAUUGCUGAAAAGAGGUUGAAGACAGCCAAGGACGACAAGGAUACCAGUAUGCUGGAUGAAAGUACUGCAGCAAUGAUAUUGGAAACUAAAAAAUAUAGCUGUUAAUCCACUUCUCUCCGAGACUGGACAUGAAACUUGAUUUUAUGAGAAAUAUUUGUAAUCUUCAAAUAUUGAUUGUCAUACUUAACUGGAUAAAGGUCCGUUCUGUUUGAUGCUGAGCGGGGACUUUCUGUCGACUUGUAGAUAUAUUCACUGUAUAUCCAUGUGUUCAUAUUUUAUAGAAGCUUGCUACUUUUUCUCACAAUCAA